AUGAUGAGCUCUUACGGUGGUGGACGAUCCGCCGUGUGCGCCGAAUGUUACCGCGAACACUGCAGACCGCGGCGGCCGGCUGUCCCGUCGGUCCGGACAGCAGCAGCGGCGGCACCGACGGAGGCCGUCACGCCGCCGGACGGCCGGCCGCGGUCGCGACCGUGCCGGAGAUCCGAUCAGGCCCUCCGCGACUGUCAGCUUUUCAUCGGUGAGUGUAUCCGUCGUUACAAUUAUAAUAUUGUCGUCAUUUAUUUACCUCCUCCCCCCCCCCGUCGUUAUAUUUUGUUAUACCGUUAUCGUAGGCGCCUCUCGUCGACGGGUCUCGCCGCCCCCGAAAAACGUGUGGGGGGAGGGGGUGGCCGGAAUUUUUUUCCCGCGUCGUAUACUCGACGUUAUUUCACGUACAAAACGCGAUUAG